AUGAAGCUUGCCAUCUUGGCCUUUGAGAAAAAAGAGCUGUCCAUAAGAAAAGCUGCUGUUGUCCUUGGAGUUCCAAAGGAUUCCCUAAAUCAUAGAGUCAAAGGUAAGUUGAAAAAUUUAUCUAUGGAUGAGAGACGCUUGGGGCGUUAUCAUGUUAUUCUUUCACAUGACCAAGAGAAUGAGCUUGAAGCGCACAUAAUGGAUCAAGCUUUUUAUGUUCUUUCCAUCAACGAUAUUAGGUCGACCUUUGUGUAUGAUUAUUGUCAAAUUUAGGAACGAUUUUAAGUCUGACGAUAAAUUGGCUGGUCGGGACUUUGUUGCUGGGUUUAUUAAGCGCCACCUUAAGUUGUCCCUUCGAAGACUGGAACACAGCAACACCGAGUGCAAGUCAUGACAAAUCAUUAUCCUUUAAAGCUCAAUCCAGAGAAUCAUCAUCUGUGAUUGAAGAAACAGCACCAAUACUACGUGUCUCCUUAGAGUUCAGAACUUCAUCACCUGCCCCAAAGAAUCACCUGUGGUAGACCACGGGGAACUAUCUUCACCGCAUGUCAGCUUCUCUAUGAUCAUGAAGUUACCUUCCCUCACUGUGAAUAAAAAAUCAAAGCGUUCAGAAGAGCCUGAGAUAAUUACCAGUUCAACAUACAAGCAGUCUCUUGUUGAAAACAUGAUCGAACAAAACAAGAAAACCAAGCAAAAACGUUUUGACACAGAAAAGAAGGCAAAGAAACUAAAGGUGCAACAACCAAAGGCCAAGGGAGCUAAGAUUGAUACCAGGAAGGCAAGGAAAACUAAGAAUUUUAGCACUGACACUGUGGAAGAUUCACAAUGUGUGAUGGAUUUUGGCCGAAUCAUCACUGGGUGA